GUGCCUGCUCUGAUCAUCAUAAUUUUGACACAUCUUUCCCGUCCGACAGAUUUACAACUUCACCCCGCCCAUAUUCUACCCGUGAUUUGCUCGCGCGGGCCGCUGGUUUGUGAAUCUGUCAAGGCAGACGGGGCGAGAAGAAUGGAUGGGCGCUGCAUACCGCUCUUGGGCCCGCAGUGAGCGCGUGAGCAGCAGCAUAAGCAGCAUUAGCAUUAGCAGCAGCAGAAUUGCGAACCCAGAUGAGAAAGAGACAUGGAUCCGACAGCGACGCAAUUCCAAUCUCCCGGAUUCCUGGUUCACGGCCUCCAUCCGGCCCCAACUCAGCCCGACAAUCAGAACCCUCAUCUUACUCUCCAUCACAAUGUCUCAGUCCCAGGCCCAGUCUCGGUCUCGGCCCCUCCUCCGCACCACUUUCCCCUACCGACUCUUCCGUCCCAUGGCGACGUGAACCUCGGCGUGCUGGGCCCGACCAACUCGUCCGUCGUCUAUCCGCACCCACAUCCACACUCCCAUUCCCACUCACAUACACAUUCACAUUCGCAUUCGCAUUCGUAUUCUCAUUCUCAUUCUCAUACGCGCCCGCUUCCCCAUACUCACUCACUGCCCGAGUUGCAACAUUUAUCGACCGGACCAACUGUGCCAAUACUACAACCGACUCCUCAUCAACGACACUCACUGGAUGCGCCGCCUCCAAUCAUUACCAACCCUUCUCUUCCGCCCCCUCAUCCUGUUCCUCCUGCUCCUCCUCCCCCGCCGCCGCCGCACUCUGCACCGCCAACUCAUGGAGCCCCAGGCACUCGCGCACCGCCGUACGGCAUGGUGCCCCCCAGUCCUGUCACUCCGAUCACCCCCACGUUAGCUCAGCUGCAACAGGAAGACGACUUCGUAGCUCCAUCUACGAAUGACUCUUCCUCGCUCGCAGCAGAACCUGCUGAGAACAGGCCGCAUGGCCAACUAGUGAACAGGAUAGUCGUCGAUCCACCCAAUCUAGACGCCUGGCGCGACAAGCUGUUCGAUGUCAAUGAUAUGAUCCUGUUGACCAAUGACGAGUUCGAGAUCUACUUCCCCCAUAUCGACAACGUCUACUCCCAUCGUUCAACCCAGAAAUACAAACGGAAGCCUUUCGUCUCACACUAUUGGGACUGCCGCAUGAAAGGCCGUCCGCCUGGGACACCCAAGUCCAAUGAUCCAUUGAAGAAGAAGCGGAAGCGGAACGCAAGAGAGCGAGACUUGUGCGACGUUAAGAUCAAGAUUACCGAAUAUUUCCCUGGCGCCACUUUACAGCUUGACGAUAACUCAGGCGCCUUCUCCACUCCGCAACAGUUCUUUGAUUCCAAUGGGAUGCAGCCGGGCGCCAACGGCGACAAGUUCUGGACCAUCCAGCGUGUCAAUGGGAAUGGCGGUAAUGGAAAAGGAGACGGGGUUGCCGGUCCUCACAAGCACACCCUAGCCAAGAGUGAUGAAAUAAAGAAGUCCACUGUGCAGAGAUACGUCAAUAUGCAGAAGAGAGAGGCUAAGAAGACUGUGAAGCCUCUGCAGAGGAAGGCCUCGGGUAACGCCCUAAAUACGGCCCGGAAACAUGCCAAAGAUCACGAACUGAAGCUAUAUGGCGCCUGUUUCUGUCCCUUUUCUCAACGCGUAUGGAUCGCUCUGGAAGUUAAGCAAAUGCAGUAUCAGUACUGCGAAACGGACCCAUAUAAGCGGCCGACUCAGCUACUCGAAGCGAACCCUCGUGGGACAGUUCCAGCCAUACGGGAAGGAGAAUGGGCUUGCGGUGAAAGCUCGAUCAUUCUUGAAUACCUUGAGGACCACGAUAAAGGGGUGCCACUGUUGCCUACUGAUCCACGCCUAAAAGCAAAUUGCAGGUUGUGGAUAGACCAUAUCAACUCAAAAAUUGUGAACUCAUUUUUCGGACUACUCCGAGCUGCGGAUUUAGCACCGCAAGUCGAGUAUCAAAGUAAACUGCAAACCGACAUCUUAGCUCUAGUGCAGGCAGCUGACGAGCGAGGACCAUAUUUUCUUGGUGCAGACUUGUGCCUAGUGGACAUCCACUUUGCACCAUUCGUGCUUCGUCUGUCACGUAUGCUGACAGACCUUCGCGGCUGGAGUCAGCCUCUGAUGCAUACGCGUUGGGAUCAAUGGGUUCAGGCUAUUGAAACGAACCCGCAUAUUCAAGCUACCACGAGCAACAAGGAGCUUUAUCUUGAGACGGCCGAUCUCUUCUUGGCUGGCCAACAUCACAGUCAUCUUCUCUAAAUGGAACCUUUCACGCCUAUGUGGGCACGAAGAUUUGGACACAUAGAACGAAUUCUGCUGUAUAUAUUCAUAGCGAUUUAGAAACAAUAAAAAGGCGGUCUUUGGGGGAAAGCGGUGGAGGCUCGAGCAUAGAAUGGCUUUUGGUACCGGCGUCACGGCGUUUUGGAUUUGGAUAGAUACCGGCCAAUUAGACGUACACAUAUUCAACCCUGUUAAGCUUUCGUUUUCAUUUUUGGUAACUAUUAUCUUGUGAGGUUUUCAAUUCAAAAGCCCUACGAAUUGUAUAUUUUGAUUUCGUGUCUUAAUAGACGGGGAAUACUAAUAGAUUGGCCGUGGGAAGAUACA